AUGACCACAACGACGGAAACGAACGAACGACGCGAAGAAGAGGAAGUGGUGGUGGUGAAAACUGCGCACGACGUGGUCGCUCUCGCGCAUUGCGUCGCCGCGUUAUUAGUAUCCAAAAAAAACAGAGUUCAGAACACCUUUUGUGAAGAAAUAGAAAAAAAGGCGUUUCAAUUUUUUCUCAAGGAUAAGAACGUUUACGAGGAAAGAGACGCGAACGGGUUGACGCCGAUGAAUGUCUAUUGCGUGCUCGGGAUGUGCGGGAACGAACGAUUGGAGAGAUUGUUUGAGCACCUUUUUUUGCGUCCGAUUGAGGAAGCGGUCGUCGCGGGGAAAUCAUCCAGUAAAGAGGAAAAGCUUUCAGUGCAAAUUGAAACGUUUAAGAGAAACCUAUUUUGUCGUCACGUCGAGGACGUCGACGACCCGGAGAAGAUGGUACUGAUGCAAGUUCACGCGUGCACAAUGAACGAUUUGGCGUGUUUGAAACGUAUAAUUCAUCUCGAAAAUAUGAUGAUUCUGCGCGUCGCGAAAAAUCCCGAUCGCGAAGAAUAUAUGUCCUCGCUUCGAUUUACUCCGCGCCUCCUCGCCGCCGCGUUGCGACAUCCGCACGACGAAAGUUUUCAACUCGUCAAAUUUAUGCUGGAAAAUUAUGUCAAAUUUGAUGGCACGGGCUUGAGCGAACCGUUAGACGAUCACGGACGAAACGCGCUCCAUAUUUGCGCACGAUACGACUCCCCUAAAACGAUGAAAUUAGUCAUCGAGUAUCUGUCGUCGCGAGAAGAGUAUACGCACAAACUGAACGAUAUCAUCAACUGUCGAGACGGAUUCUCACAAAACCACGACGGGAACCGCACGCCGUUGAUGACAGCCUGCAGCUUUUCACCUUCUUGUGCGUUACUAUUGAUUGAAAAAUACGGCGCAAACAGCUCGUCGAUCCGAUCUAAAUGCGGCUGGACGGCUUUAUUUUACGCCAUCGAACAACAGUUUCGAGAUUUCGACAUCGACGGCGAUAAAGACAUCGCAGAACAAACCCGCGUUAUUCGUUUGCUGAUGGAAAAAAGAGAUAUAUUCCUGCGUCAAAAUCCUUCGACAGGAAUGGCAAAAUCCGACCCGGGCGUGGAAGAAAACGCGACGAGGAAAACUAUCCUCCAUCUGGCCGCGAUCAACUCGCGAUCGACGCAGACGUUAAAAAUUCUCUUCGAAUCCAAGUCUCUCGUCCAAACCUUCCUCUCGCAACCAGACGCGAACGGUAAAACACCGCUCCACGACGCCGCCUUUCGAGGAUGCAUGGAUCAAGCUCUGUUCCUUUUACACGCCAUCGAGAAAGAAAAAAAAGAAAACCCCGGAAGAAGAAAAGAAGAAGCCGAUACUACCGGAAAGCUUCGCGCCGCCGACGUAAACGUAAACGACGAAAACGCUCUCGCAGAACAAAUCCAAUCCGCGUUCGGCAAAUCGAAAUUUGCGGGAAUGUUGAGUUCGCCAAAGCUCUUCCGCGCGUUUCCGAGCGACGACUUCAUGGUCGAGACUCGAAAUGUUCGAACCCUCGCCGAGAACACGCUCGAGUAUUACGAAGACAAGCUCUUCUUUGAUACUCAAAAUUAG